AUGUUGGCUCGUCCUUGUAUGCGUGCCCUCGGCCGGGGCAGGGCCCUCCGCGUGUCGACGGCAGCGGCAUGCAGAGCAGCAGUGCGUCCGGCUCUGGCCAGCGGCUAUGCCACCGUGUCAAAGGGCGCUCGUCACGAAGAGACGUCGGCUCGUUCGGCCGUCAUCAACGUGCUUCAGAACCUGGGAUCCAAGCGCGAGGUUCAGCAAUACCUCUCGCAGUUCCAGUCCGUCUCGUCACAGAAGUUUGCCGUCAUCAAGGUUGGCGGUGCCAUCCUGACCGACUACAUCGAUGUCCUCUGCAGUUCGCUGCGUAACCUCAACCAGAUGGGCUUGUUCCCCGUCAUCAUCCACGGAGCCGGUCCCCAGAUGAACAAAUUGCUUGGGGAAGCUGGUAUUGAACCUCAGUACAGCGAGGGAAUCCGCAUCACCGAUGGUCCCACACUCGGCGUCGCACGCAAGCUGUUCCUCGAGGAGAACCUCAAGCUCGUCGAGGCUCUUGAGUCAUGGGGCGUUCGCGCUCGUCCCAUCACCUCUGGUGUACUCAUGGCCGACUACAAGGACAAGGAUACAUGGAAGUUCGUCGGUGAGGUCAACCAGGUCAACACCGACCCUAUCAACGCCGCAAUCGCCGACAACUACAUCCCCGUCCUCACUUGCAUGGCCGAGAACAACGAGGGCCAACUCCUCAACGUCAAUGCUGACAAGGCUGCUGCUGAACUGGCCAAGGCUCUCGUGCCUCUCAAGAUUGUCUACCUGUCCGAAAAGGGUGGUCUGCACAACAAGGACACUGGUAAGCUUAUCGAGGCCAUCAACCUCGACGAAGAAUACGACCGCUACAUGAACAUGCCCUGGGUCAUCCACGGCACUCGUUCUAAGAUUAGAGAUAUCAAAGACCUCCUUGACCACUUGCCCCGUUCCUCCAGUGUGGCUAUCAUCCACCCUGAGAGUCUCGAGCGCGAGCUGUUCACCCACACUGGUGCCGGAACUCUGAUCCGCAGAGGCACAAAGCUGCACAAGGCUUCAUCCCUCGAGGAAUUCUCCGAUGUCCAGAAGCUCAAGCAAGUCCUUGUUCGCGACCGUGAAGGCCUCGACGCCGAGGCUGUCGUUGACCGCUACCUCGACACCCUCAAGGGCAAGACUUUUGCUGCUUACCACGAUGAAGGCAUGGAGGCUCUUGCCGUAGUCCUUCCCCCCGACUCCGCCUCCCCUGGCGGCCUGGCCCACUUGGCCACUCUGACCAUGACCCGUUCCGCAUGGCUCUCCAACAUCGCUGACAAUGUUUUCCAACACCUGAAGAACGACUACCCCAAGCUUGCUUGGACCGUCAAGCAGGACGACGAGAACUUGACCUGGUUCUCCGAGAAGGCCGAUGGUAGCAUUGCUCGCCAAGGUGAGGUUCUCUUCUGGUACGGCAUCGAGACUCCUGAAGAGGUCCGUGAGUUGAUGGCCGAAUUCAUCCAACACGGCAGACAGAUGUUCGGCGAUAACAAUCUCGAGAGCCAGCUCCACCGUGCUGCGUCCGGCGCUCUCAGAAUCAAGGAUGUCGCACAGAGACUGCAACAGCACAGAGAAUCGCUAGGACAACAAACCAGAUCUUUCUCCACCAGCUCCUUCUCCUCGCGCAACAUGCAGCGUGUUCGCAGCACUUUUGGCGCUCCCACAAGACGUGGUUAUGCCACCACUACUAACCCCAACCCCCCACUCGGCAUCAAGAACCAGGAAAAGGACUACCCUUCGAAGGUGGCUCUCAUCGGUGCCCGUGGCUACACUGGCCAAGCUCUGAUUGACCUCCUGAACCGCCACCCCAACAUGGACCUUCGUCACGUUUCAUCGCGUGAGCUGAAGGGUAAGAAGCUUGCUGGUUACACCAAGCGCGACAUCACAUACGAGAAUCUCUCCCCCGAUGAUGUCCGCCGCAUGGCCGACGCUGGCGAGAUUGACUGCUGGGUCAUGGCUCUGCCUAAUGGCGUCUGCAAGCCCUUUGUCGACGCCAUCGAGGCUUCCAGCCACAAGCAGUCUGUUAUUGUCGAUCUGUCGGCCGACUACCGUUUCGACUCAUCGUGGACUUAUGGUCUGCCCGAGCUCGUCAAGCGCAGUAAGAUUACAGGUGCCACACGCAUUGCCAACCCCGGAUGUUAUGCUACCGCUGCUCAGCUCGGUAUUGCCCCUCUGGUCCCUUACUUGGCCGCAGCUCCUGCCAACCCAACUGUCUUCGGAGUUUCUGGUUACUCAGGAGCCGGUACCAAGCCCAGCCCCAAGAACGACGUCGACAACCUCACCAACAACCUCAUUCCCUACUCAUUGACUGAUCACAUUCACGAGCGUGAGAUCAGCGCCCAACUGGGACGCGAGAUUGGAUUUAUUCCCCACGUUGCUGUCUGGUUCGCGGGUAUUCAUCACACUAUCUCGAUUCCCCUGGCCGACACCAUGACCUCUCGUGACAUUCGCCAGCUCUACCAAGACCGCUACAACGGCGAGAAACUCGUCAAGGUCACUGGUGAGAGCCCUCUGGUCAAGAACAUCUCUGGCAAGCACGGGGUUGAGAUCGGUGGCUUCGCUGUGCACAGUGGCGGCAAGCGUGUUGUGAUCAACGCGACCAUCGACAACCUGCUCAAGGGCGCUGCUACCCAAUGCUUGCAGAAUAUGAACCUCGCUCUCGGUUACGCCGAGUACGAGGGUAUCCCUCUGUCAUGA